GCCUGCACACUCUGGUCAAUAAUAUGUAUAAAAUUGGCAGCAUCGAGCCUAUUAAAGAAAAUUGUGCCACAUCACUGAUGGAAGUAGAAGUGUAAUCACUACGGUAAUGUUCGUGUCGCUUGCUAAUUGACAUGGCUGCGACAGAAGCUUUUGUUUUUUCCAUCUUAUUUCACCAAUUCAUUUCACUCAUGACAAAGCGCAGCGUCGGUGUUGACGGUUAACAGAAGAGCGCUUUAGCCCAAAAGUGUGAGCAGGAAAAGCUACAUCCUCUGGGGUUUAUUAAACAGGGCGCUUAAAACCCCUGGUGUUUAUAUGGAAUAAACUCGGUUUGUAUUUUUCUUUUGAGUUUAAUGGAUGGAAUUCUUGUCCUAAAGAACUGAUCGACAGCGCAACGCUUUUCCGAUAGAUCCAACUCGGCACCUGUUUUUUGCGUGCUUUAUGAAGUGAGAAAGAAGACAACGCUUUGGCAAUAACGAGAUGAGAAGUGGGGUCUGGUCAAAUGGACAACAUCUCCUCCCCCGACGUUCUACCCAUCUGCACCUACAAAGAGGAUUUCAAGCGCUACCUCCUCCCUGUGGUCUACAGCGUGGUCUUCAUCCUGGGCCUCCCGCUCAACACGGCCGUCAUCCUGCGCAUCUGGGCCAGGCGUGGGGCGCUCACCUGCAGCACCAUCUACAUGCUCAACCUGGCCGUGGCCGACUUCCUGUACGUCUGCUCCCUGCCCCUGCUGAUCUACAACUACGCCAGGCAGGACUACUGGCCAUUUGGUGAGUUCGCCUGCCGCCUGGUGCGUUUCCAGUUCUACAGCAACCUGCACGGCAGCAUCCUCUUCCUCACGUGUAUCAGCAGGCAGCGCUACCUGGGCAUCUGCCACCCGAUGGCGCACUGGCCCAAGCGGGGUGGCCGGCGGCUGGCGUGGGCCGCGUGCGGCUGCGUGUGGCUGGCCGUGGUGCUGCUUUGCGCCCCCACCUUCGAGUUCGCCGCCACGGGCACGCAGCGCAACCGCACGGUGUGCUACGACCUGAGCACACCCAAGCGCUCGCCACAGUACUUCCCCUACGGCAUCGCGCUCACGUGCCUGGGUUUCGCGCUGCCCUUCCUGGCCAUCGUGGGCCUGUACUGCAGCAUGGCGCGUGAGCUGUGCCGGCCCAGUGCCGCCCGCAGUGAGAUGGUCCAGCGGCGGAGGAGCAAAGCCGUGCGCAUGAUCGCCAUCGUGGUGCUGGUGUUCUCCAUCAGCUUCCUGCCGUUCCACGUGACCAAAACGCUGUACCUGCUGGUGCGGACGUGGCCAGACGCCCCGUGCGAGACGAGGAACUUCCUAUCGGUGGUGUAUAAGAGCACGAGGCCGUUCGCCAGCAUGAACAGCGUGCUAGACCCCAUCCUGUUCUACUUCACACAGGCCAAGUUCAGGCACGGCACACGCAGCUUCCUGCUCAGGAUCACGGGAUCCAAGGGCCGGGAGAGAGACACGUGAGAGAGACACGUGAGAGAGACACGGGUCCCUGCACUUGCACGGGGCCAAAAGUGCUGAACAAGUUUCACUGAUGCUUAUGCAGCGGGGGAUCAUUGCAGUAAUGAAAAUAAUGCACCUUUCUCAGCCUCAGUGUGGUUCUACAGAUGCAGUGAGACACAACUAGAGGUACAGAUGAAGAUACAGAUUUGACCUUGCAGGCAUCUGGACAUGGACUUCUGUAAAGCUGCUUUGUGACAAUAUCUACUACUAAAAGUGCUAUACAAAUAACAUGCUGUGUAUACAUUAUGUUUAAACUGAAUCACUAAUACAGAAGUUCUUUGGAGAUAUUGUAAGCUUUGCUUAGUUAAAUGUAUAAAAAAUCAUAACUGCCUACAGUUCAAUGUAUGAAUAUCAUAAUUGAACCAAGUUGUAUAUGAAGUUACGUUGUGGAUACAUGCUACCCUUUCUGAGAUACCUUACAGCUUAAUUAGCUCAGAACAGGAUAAAGAGGCAUUGGCAGGCUGGCAGAUGGAAGUGUAACGAAUGCUAGUUUGUUUAUUGACCAUUUCCAGCCACUAGGUGGCGCGGCUUACUAAGUAAGCUGUAGGUCGUGGUCGCAGCGCUGCUAUUUCUCAAUACAGUAAAAAGUGGUUAGCUGCAUCCGACACGCACCCAUUUAAAGGGCAAGUAUUUAUGCGCAGAGCAUAAUUCCAGAUACCACAGAAAUGUUUUCCCAAGCUCUGUUUAAGAGAGGUAUUUAUAUCAUGAGAAAAUACAACUGCAUGGAUGAAGUUGCAAAAAGCAUGCAGAUUGUACAGCGAGAUGUAUACAAAAUCUCUAAACUAGUGUGUCCAUGAAGACAUAAUACAUAAUACAGCCUAUUUAAUAUGGACACCAUAAAUUGCACAUUUUGUUUUUAACAAGGAUCGGAUGAUGCACGCUUGAUUGAAGAUUCUCAUAUAGGUAUGAGAUAACUAAUGUACAAGUCAUUAAACAGCAAUAUGUUAGUCCAACCAGCAGGUGACAAAAGAAAAUUCCGUUUUACUUUUCUCUGCUUCUGGUGAAAGGUAAGCAGUCACUAAGCUGUAGACAGCAUUUGUGAGGUCAUAGAAAUUAUGCUUCUGUUAGAUUAGCAAACCCAUAAAUGUGUGUAGUGCAAUGUAGAAUGUACAUGCUGCGUCAUUUGACCAACACGUUUAUUUUGAGAUUUCAUUUAUCAGCCUGCAAGAAUGUGACAUUGAUGUGUAAAGCUGAUCUGUGUAUGCUCUUGCAACAUUGUGAAGGUGUAAAGGUUACAGCUAAAGAAACGUCUGUGCGCGUGCUCGCGGGCGUGCCUGCGUGCACGCGCGUGCCUAAAUGUUAAAUGUGAAUUUCCUGUAGAGCUACAAGAAUAGAAGAAUGUACAGCUAGAAUAAUGCAGCUGUUUUAUUAACCAAUUGUUUGCAGUUUGCCGUAGGUUUAUGUCAUGACAAAAUGUUUGCUAUUGCUUGUUUCUUUGCUCAUUUGUUUAACCAUAAAGCUUGUAUACCAUUAUUGGUAUUAGAAGUAUUAGACAUCAAUAAAUGGAAAGCAAAGUUG